AUGCACGCACUCGACUUGUCAAUCCACCCAGUCACCUCGACGCUCAAGAUGCUCGCGAGUCUAUUGGAGCGCAUCACCACCGCCAACGAUAAGAUCAAGCAGGGUCUGCCCGAGCCAGACACCUCCAUGGUCGUCAUGACACCGGCCCAGCAUCAGAUCCACACCUCUUUCACCCGUUUCCACGCCCGGUCGAUACCUUCUAUCAGCAUCAACGCCUACCUGACGCGCAUCCUCAAAUACUGCCCUUGCGCAAACGAGUGCUUCCUCAGUCUGCUCGUCUACUUUGACAGGAUGGCCCGGAACGUCGAGGAGAUCACAGGAGGCGAGGGGCGUCAAUUCUCGAUCGACAGCUACAACAUCCAUCGACUGAUCAUUGCCGGGAUCAUGGUCUCUGCAAAGUACUUUUCCGAUGUCUUCUUCACCAACUCUCGCUACGCCAAGGUUGGAGGAUUGCCCGUAUCAGAAUUGAACCAACUGGAGGUCGAGUUCUUGACUUUGAACAACUUUGCCCUGGCCAUCUCGAUCGAGGAGCUUCAGACAUACGGCGAUCAAUUGAUGAAGCAUUGGAUGUGCGAGGAGGUUGCUAAUAGAGAUGCAGAGGAUGACACAGCUUCGCCUGCAGUACCAGCAGCGUUGAUGCCAGGAUCAACGUCUGGCAGUCGUGAUCAGCAAAACGGAGAUUCUGCACAGGACAGCCAGGGUCAGGUGGAGCAGCAUGCACAAGAGUCUAGACAGGAUCCAUCGCGGUCGCAGCAACACCAUCAGUACGAGAGCAGUCGACGGGACGUCCGACAGGAGCUGGCACCGGAUCACCACCAGGGUCAAUCGAGGCAUGAUUACAGGCACAAUGGCAGUGAGCCUCAUCCUGAACACCGGAGAGAGCAGAGACAAGAGCAAAUGCGCGACUACCGGCAAGAGCAUGCUCGCCCUCAAAACUCUUCACAAUCCCAGCACUCCCAGCCGUCGCGCUCACACUCACAGCACCACCACCAACAGCGAGAGCAACAGCAGCAGCAACAGCAGCAGCUCUACAAGAACGGCAGCAGCAGCCGCCACCAUCGACCAGGACACGACUCGGAGUACCCCUCAGAUAAAAACCGGUAUCACACCCCUCAGCAGGCACCCAUCUCUCCAUCGGAGAUAACCCAUGCAACUAGCCGACUGGCGGCUCCUUCCCCCAUUCAUUAG